AUGACUCGAGACGAGCACGACUUGAGGUCGGACCUGCUGCAGGUCAAGCACUUGUUUGCCACCAACUACCUGAGUGACGUGCUGUUUCUAUUCUCUGCAGAAGCCUCAGGACGUGAAGAUGGUGACGACUUACGUACUGUCGACAAUAGCGACGACGAGGACAGGAGCUCGACGCGAAAGGACCAUCUGAUUCCAGCCCAUCGUCUCGUCCUGUCGCUCCGCAGCGGUGCGUUCCACUCGGCGCUGCAACGCGCCAAGAGCAGUCGAGCCCCGGGUCACGUGCGGUUUCCACUGAAGAUCCACGUGCAAGACACGCCGUACCGCGUGUUUUAUGCGCUGCUGAGGUUUCUGUACACGAACGAGCUGGACGCUGAGGACGUCAGAGACGACGAAGGACACGGCCGUGAACAGUUCUGGCUGCAGCUUUUGCGUGCGGCGUUUGUGUAUUUAGUGCCUUCGCUGAUUGACAUUUGCGUCAAGAGAAUUGGGGACGUGUUGGUCGUUGAAGAAGGCGGUAAAGCAGAAGAUCAAGAAGAGCGCGACGCGAAGACGCGGCAGGUGCAAAAGAAGACGAUGGAUGUGUUGGUGUUUAUGGACACGGUACUGGCUACAAAUCCAUUGACUGCUCGACGAAGAGAAGGCGCAGACGUGGCGCUGCCAUUGUCGCAAGCUGGACGACGAGCUACUGGAGGAGAGACAGGUGGGUCUGCGCUGGUAAAGUGCACGGAAGCAGUGCGUAGACUCCAGAGGAUGUGUAUGCAACAACUUCAACGCAUGGACGAAGUGGCGUUUGAAGAGCUUGUCCAGGGCGACGCUGGCGGACGGUGCUCAACGGAGCGCUUGUGCGAGAUCCUGCGAUUACGGUCUGAUACACCACUGGUUGUUGCAGUGCGAUACCAACUUGGUCGUGUCGUUAACGAACUGCUGCGGCUUGGAGAACCCUUGAAUCGAGUUGGAAAAGAUGAGAGCGACUUGCCGCUGGUUGCAGCGCUGGAAAGUGGAAACAACACGAUCAUUCGCCGGCUUCUAGUAGACGAAAGCGCGCCAUUCUUUCUUCUCACGGACAAGAUCCCGUUGAUUUUUCUAGCAAGUGCGAGUGGGAACGUGCAGCACUGUGAGAUUCUGAUCGAACGGAAUGCUGACGAUGUCAACUUGAUCUCGCGCUUAAAAGACGGCGAUAAAGACAUUACAGCUGAGUUUGGACACCAGCAAACACCGCUGCACAUUGCAAGUCGGAAGGGUCACAGUGCAGUGGUAGAGCUACUGCUACAGCACAAUGCCGCUGCUAAUUUGCCUGAUGAGGAAGGAAAUACAGCGCUACACUAUGCGGCUAAUAUCGAGACGGUGGAGGUCUUGCUGAACAGCACAUUCCGAACGAAUGCCAACAUUCCAAACCGGCGAGGACAGACGCCGUUGCACAUUGCUGCUGCACGGGGAGAUGUUGCCGUAGUAGCCUACCUCAUCCGCCAUGGCGCAGACCACGAGAUUGUUGACGACCAAGGUCAGAACGCGUUUCAUCAUGCUGCUGCUAACGGGCACACAGCAGUCGCCCUUGUUUUACUUCAUGAUACCGAUGGCUCAAGCACUAAAACGCUGGCAACGAGUCCAGACCAAAGCACUGCCAGUAGCCUGUCAACGGAUGAUUCUCGUUCCGAAAAAUAUCAACAGCUCGUGGAACAGGCUAGCAAGGAUGAUGGAAAUGCUAUUAGCGAACACUUGGAGGAGUCCGACAAGUUGAGUAGGUUUGACAUCAACCAAGAAGACUUGAAGGGCAACACUGGUCUUCACCUUGCGGCAAUGUCGCCGUCCGAACGAUGUCAGAAGAUGCUGCAGCUUCUUCUAGAGAAUGGUGCGGAUCCAAACAGAUCCAAUUGGUUUGGCUACACUCCGCUGCAUCUCUUCUGCUCGCACCAAAGCGGUCCAGCUUCCCUUGUCCACUCGUUUAUUGAACACGGUGUCAGUAUCCACGCACAAAGUCUAGAUGGUAGUACAGCACUGCAUCUGGCUGUCGGUCGAGGGAGUCAAGACGUUGCUGUCGCAUUGGUCAGUGCAGGAGCCUACGUCCACUUGCUGGAUGCCGCCGGUCGUAGCGUUGUCCAUCUCGUCGAGAGCACGAAUCAAGGUUCGAUGCUCGUCCCGGUGCUGCGCAACCUGUCACAGGCACCGGAGCGGCUCAGUGACGAGCAAACGACCGAGUGUUCCUCGUGCCACAUAGCGUUCCGUCUCGCGAUGCGCAAACACCAUUGUCGCCACUGCGGUCGCACGCUGUGUUACAACUGCUCGAGCCACAAGAUUGCGAUCCCCAAGUUCCAAGUGCUCAAACCUGAUCGCGUCUGCGAGACUUGUUUCGACGUCUUGUCAUUUCGAAAACUGUUGUAG